UUCUAGCCCGCACAGACAUGGCCUCGAAGCCUUCCGCAGAGUAGAUGUGUUGCUGGUCGCGGUGCAAGCGGAGUGAGGUUGCAGUGGUUGCAGUAACGUGGCAAACCGUGGCUGUUCGCGGUGCUUUUAGUGUCUGGUCCUCGUUACUGUUUCACGUGACAGGUGUCAGUGUGUGUGUCACCGUCUGCAACCUGUGGACUGCGUGACGUGGAGUAACAGACGUUCGGAGCAGCAUGAGUACAAGAGCAUCCCUGCAGAGAACAAGUGAGCUGCAACAUGAGUGAGACUACUAAACCAACACAGGAACGUCAAAACAAAUAUGUGAUCAUGAACACCGACAGGAACAAUCUAGUGCCACUCAAAGUCCUCCUCUUCUGUUUCUUUGGCGGUAUUGGGUGUAUCUUUCCAUUCUUACCUCUACACAUGCGUAAAGUGGGCCUUACAGUAACUGAAUCCCAAAUUGUCUCUGCAGUUGCUCCCCUAGUGGCUCUUCUCGGUCCAUGGUUGGCAUGCCCAUUAGCAGAUCGACUGAGUGGACUUCGGGCCAGCAAUGGACGUGGUAUACGAGUGAUGUUGGUGCUUAUCAUGCUGUUGGCAGCAGUGUUCUAUGCCCUCCUCUUGUGCAUCCCAACUGUUACCCGGUUUGACUCAGAUCAUAAGCCUACUGUGUCUUUCAUAUGUGGUCCAGAGAGGGCACUACUUCACCAUGAGAGGUGUAAUGACCCUGCCUGUCAUUCAUGGGACACAGAUGAGGUAGGGGAACUGAACCUUGUGAACUGCCAGUAUGACUGUGAAUCUGAGCAUGCAGAAAUAGGAAAACUUGACAUGCUGGAGAUGCAUAGUAUGAGUACAACAACUGAAGAAACCCUAGAUCUGGAUGCAGAUAUGGAAGGCAGUGGUGACACUAAUGAACCUUCAUUAGAAGUCUCUCCUGACGACCUGGAUGAUGAUCAGUUCCUGGAAGACGGUGAUGAUGUACGUGAACGACGUCAAGUAAACGAUUCCAUAUUUCCAGAGCCACCUCAUCUUUGCUAUACAGAUUCAGAUGGUGCAACCAAUUGCAAAGUAUACACAAGAUACAGUAAAAGAGUUUCUGUUAACAUAAGUCUGUAUAGUCAAGAAUUAAAUCCAAAAGGACAAUACUGUCACUAUGAUAUAAUUGGCGGAAGCAGCAAGAAUUUCUCCUGCCGCAUCCCAGCAAAUCUUCCAGGCAGGAUGGAUAAUAAAACUUGCAUAGUACGCUGUGAUGUUGACCAAGAGGGUGAUGGCAAUCUCUUAGCAGGUAGCCCAUGUCAAAGGAUCAGAGGCAACCCAACUGUCACAUUCUGGACAUAUCUGGUUGUGCGAUCAAUAGCAGAUAUAUUUCCUACUGCUGCCCUGGCUCUACUGGCGGCCAUCACUGUGGUGGCAACACAUGAGACUAGCAUUGGAAGUGGUGAUGUGGGUCGACAGUUGGCAUGGGGGUGGGUAGGGCUAGCCCUCAGUGGUGUCAUCAUGGGAUUUCUCACAGUGCUGGAACUUGGACAGCCAUAUUACUGGUUGCAGUUUGUUAGCUGUGCCAUACUGAUGAUCUGUGCAUCAGUAGUGGUUAUCUUUGCCAAGUCUUUGCCACUUGGACAGCCAGAAUGGUGGUGGCAUGCCCGAGGAUCGGUAAUCCUGGGAGUUCGUCGGUACAGCUGGGAACUUGCUGCACUUACACUUAUACUUAUUUUACUGGGGAUAUUCUGGAGCGCCCUUGAUUCAUACUUGCCAUGGCACCUGAACGAACUGAUGGGUUCCGAACUGCUUCUCUGCCUCACGCUGACUGCAGGAGCUCUACCUGCUGUACCUGUUAUGUGGUUCUCAGAGCAAGUGGUGAAUUACUGUGGUCACUCCAACCUCCUCAUCAUUGCGUUCAUCUUCUACAUUGUUCGUUACACAGCACUAUAUGCCCUCUGGAGUCCAUGGUGGUUACUACUUUGCUGUGAAGCUCUGGAAUUUCUGACUCUGAGCUUAGCAUGGUUAGCUGCAAUCCUAUACCUACGUCACCUUGUUCCACGCCAUCUCACAGCCACAGGGCAAGGAUUGGCUGUAGCCGCGCACUUCUGCAUUGGACGUUCUAUUGGUUCCAUCAUUGCCGGAGCUCUGUCUUCUGGUGAGAGUGGUGCCGGCUCCCUCAUAUACUUGUACCAAGCUGGUGCAGUGGCCGCUGCUGUGGUAGCAACAAUUUACUUUAUAGGAUAUCACUGUUGUUUCAAACCUCGUUGCCUUGCUCCUAAAAGUACAAGGGGUUCGCCAUCUCAGCCGGGAGUACCAUCUGGACCAACAACUAAUGGGACAUACACACCUCUACGAGUGUACCAUAAUGCAGGAGCUGAUGGCCAGAAGAUUCAACACAGAUAUUAAGAUUCUGCAAUAGAACAUCAAACUAUAAACAUGCUGGUAUUAAUAUUGAGUUAUGGAGAGUCCUGUUUGGCACAGUUCUGCACAGAUACAAGUGGAGCCACAUUUCACUUACUCCAUAUAGCAAAAUUAUUAACAUACCGAUUCUAAAUUGUAUUAAUUUGUAUCCAAAUUUAUUUUAUUAGCCGGGAUAGCCCAAUCUGUAUAGAGACUAGGCUAUAGGUUGGACAACUGAGGUACUGGGUUUCAGUUUCUGAUAGUUGAAAAUGAUUUCUCCCUUAUCAAUAGCUUCCAAACUGGAUCUGAGGCUUACCCAGUUUCUUAUCCAAUGGGUACUGAGGGUUCUUUCCUCAGGGAUGAUGUGGCUGGGGCAUGAAGCUGGCCACUCAUCUUCUUCUAGUGCCAAGGUUAAAAAUGUGUGGAAUUGUGCUUCUAUUCCCCAUACAUCUCUAUAUCAUCGUAUUUAAUUAAGUACAAGGACAAAUUUACCUUUUAUCUUGAUUUAAGGUUUUACAUUUUUAAAUUUAAAUUUUGAAAAUACCAACCCUUGAUAUUAAACUAUUAAAGAGCUGUAUUAAAGGGCUGUAUUUUUCAAUUUGUGGUUACCUGAACCAAGCUUUUUUUGUAUAUUGUUAAAAUGGAUAAUGGAAGUUACAUUUAUAUUUCCUGAGUAUUGUGACGCCAAUUCAGGCAGCAAGAAAGCAUGACCAGUUUUGAUCAUACAGAUACAAAAGCAGCAAAUAAUAAAAUAUGGAAAUAUGACCAAUAAGUAUAGAAAAAGAACAACCAAUUUUAUCUUAGGUAAGCAUUGAGACAAUUAAUAUUGUGCUGGUGUUUGAUCUAUGAAAUUGUGUGAGUGUAUAAAUAUAUUAUUUGUGUUGAUGAUAAACAUAGAUAAAGUUAUGUUUUGUGUGUUGGUGAUUAUCACAGAACUACUACUUAUAUGUUUGUGGAUUAUCAGAACUAAAGAUAGUUUCGCAUGUUGGUGACAAAAACAGAACUACUACAUACGUCCAUAAAGUGGAAGAUGAUUAUAUUUAAUUUCUGUGAUGAAGUAUAGUCACAAAUAAUAACAAUUUUGUACUUGUGGUAGAGUUAACUUUCAUUAACUAUGUAGAUUAUUGUUAUGGUGACAGCAAAUGAUAAUAACUGAUUUUAUUAUUCAUAUGAAUCAAAAUUAUGUGUCAUGACAAGAAUGGUGAAUUUAUGCAGAAUGUGGCAGCUAUACUAAAACCAUGGAAGGAAGUCCUAUAGACCAGUUCCCUCUACAUCUUCCUUCAGCUGUUACAGUUCCUUCUCCAACAUACUCCCUAAUAUUCUUCUCCAUUCAUCUUUCCAUUCUGUUCUCAUGAAUGUUGAUGGUAGGCUGAUAUAUACCCCAGAAGGCUGGAGAAAAACUGAACAGAAGGUAGGGAAUGGAAAGGCUUGAGCAUUGUCAUCUGUGACAUUCAUGGGACUUCUUAUGGUGGACUUCUUAAAUAAGAAUUCAAGAUUUGAUUCAUCUUACAUACAAAAUCCUUCCAUCGUAUGGCCUCCAUUCCUGGUUUGGUUGAUAGGCAACCACAACCAGUUCUUACAGAGCAAGUCAAUCUAUAUUCACUGUCAUUUAGUCACUUGGCAACCACAUACCAUUUGUCAAAGGGACUUGUUAGGACUAUCACAAUAAGUAAUAAAUUCCAUUAUUUCAGUGCAGUUUGUUUUAACAAAUCCCAGGGUGAAAUACGUAAAAAAAGGAUGAGAACUGAAUGUCACAGUAAAAUGGGUAACAUCACUGCUUUGUAUACAGGAAGUUUAAGGUUCAAAUCUUGACCCACAAACCAGCUACACUGACUGUAGUUUUUGCGGCUUUCCUCAGUCCCUCCUGGCAAAUGCCUAGAUAAAUCUCAAAUUGGCCAUGAUCACUUCCUUCCACAUCUCCAAUUUGUUAUUUGCUAAUUGUCCUACCAUGUGAAGCUAUAUAGUUUAGCAUCAUUACAUAAGCCAGAAGUAAAUAAUGUGGGUUGAAUACAUUCUGCUGUCACCAACUCAUGCAGUGAGCUGGCUGUCUAAGCUGCACCAGUACACUGCAGAACACAUUCAUUCCGCUAUGUAUAAAGCCAUACAUUUAUCUGAUUGUCGUAUUUAUUUCUAUACAAUUUAAUUUUUAUGUCAUAAUAUUAAAACAAUAGGUGAAACAAAGACUGCAUCAGUGUUUCAUGUA